UGAUCAUGUGCUACCAGCCCACAGCGAGCUGCCAAAGAGGAAGUGCAGCUUGUUUUCUUUCAUUUUCUUGAUUCCCGUGCUGUAGGAAGAUGAAAGGAGAAGGAGGAGGAGGAGGCAGCAGCGGCAGCCAAACUUAAUAAAUAAUUCUGACGAUUCCUGAUAUCAAAUGGAGGCCCCUGAGUGGGACCCACUGAAAAAUGACACCCUUCCACCGACCCUGACGCCAGCUGUCCCUCCGUACGUGAAGCUGGGCCUGACCAUUGUAUAUACUGUUUUUUAUUCACUGCUUUUUGUGUUCAUCUACGUCCAGCUCUGGCUGGUCCUUCACUACAGGCACAAGAGGUUCAGUUACCAAACUGUCUUUCUGUUUCUGUGCUUGUUUUGGGCCUCUCUUAGGACUGUGCUCUUUUCAUUUUACUUCAAAGACUUUGUCACAGCAAAUUCUCUCAGCCCCUUCAUCUUCUGGCUCCUCUAUUGCUUCCCCGUCUGCCUCCAGUUUUUCACCCUGACCCUGAUGAAUCUUUACUUCACACAGGUGAUAUUUAAGGCUAAAUCAAAAUAUUCCCCAGAGCUACUGAAAUACAGGUUGCCCCUCUACCUGGCCUCUCUUUUCAUAAGUCUCCUCUUCCUCUUGGUGAAUUUAACAUGUGCAGUAUUGGUGAGGACACAGAAUUCAGAGAGAAAAGUCAUUGUCUCUGUCCGGGUGGCAAUUAAUGACACAUUGUUUGUGCUCUGCGCUGUUUCACUCUCCAUCUGCCUGUAUAAGAUUUCCAAGAUGUCUUUAGCCAACAUUUACUUGGAAUCCAAGGGAUCAUCAGUGUGUCAGGUGACAAGCAUAGGAGUGACUGUUAUACUACUUUAUACCUCACGCGCCUGUUACAACUUGUUCAUCUUAUCAUUUUCCCAAACCAAGAAAGUCAAUUCUUUUGAUUAUGAUUGGUACAACGUAUCAGAUCAGGCAAAUCUGAAAUGCCAGCUGGGAGAUGCAGGGUACAUAGUGUUUGGAGUGAUCCUUUUCGUCUGGGAGCUCUUGCCUACUUCCUUGGUUGUGUAUUUCUUCCGUGUUCGAAAUCCUACCAAAGAUCUAGCCAAUGCAGGAAUGGUCCCGAGCCAUGGCUUCAAUCCCAGAUCUUAUUUCUUUGACAACCCUCGCAGAUAUGACAGCGAUGAUGAUCUGGCAUGGAAUAUUGCACCCCAAGGAGCACAGGGCAGUUUCUCUCCAGAUUACUAUGACUGGGGCCAUCAGAACAACAGCUUCAUGGCUUACAUAGGAUCCCUCCAGCAAGAUCCAACAUUGGACACAGACAGGCCAAGCCCUAUAUGACUUCAAUCAACUACCUAGGACAUUCCAAUAUUAAAACAAUUGUUCUGAAAAACAAAGCUUAGCAAAUUUAUUCACUCUGUGGUUUUUAGAAGUGUUCCUAUGCACAGAUAAAUGAAGAACUUGUCUUUGCCACAAGCUUUUCAUAGUUUAAGGAAAAGCAUAAGCUAAUGAUUUAAACUUUAAAGACUGUUCUAAUUAUAUAUGUCGUUCCAAAAGCAAUGCCUCCUCUUUAUUUCCAUGGAAACUACUACAGCUAACACAGAACACAACAACACUAUUCGAUAGAGCAAAUUCACAGCUGCAAAACAGUAUUUUUCAGCACAGUCAUCAACAUUACUUAUGCAUUUUCACUGCUGAUGUACAGGGGCCUGCAUGCCACACAAAAUCUGCAUGAGCAGAGGUGACCAGCUGUCACCACUGCUACAACACACCACCCACUGCCUUACUGUGCUCACAUCUACUGUUUUGUCUCCAGAAAUAUUCAGCAAUCGUCUGUGAAUGUCAAUGGAUGCAACUUUUUCCACGUGGAGGAAUUCAGCAACACACCUUUGCUUCAUACACACUUUUAAGUCAGACACCAUUUUGUCAGAUUGCCCCUCCGCUGCCAUUUCUCGCACAGCAACAAAUUGUGACAGAAUAUUGCUGGGAAAGUUCAACCUCUACUGCCAUACCACCACCAUCCAACUCUGACACCAUGGGCCAACACAAUAAAAAUAGGAGGCAUUAUUUUUGGAGCAGCCCUCAUACCACCUUGUUUUAAGCCAUGGCAUUUUUGGCUUUGAACAGAGUUUUGAGAAGGUAUAAUUUAAUCACUUUAUGCUCAUUUUAAAAGAGCAAAUUCUGUGAAGUAAAAUGGCAAUUGUUUUCUAAGUAUUUUUAUUUUUACACUGUGUAUUAGGUUAGAAAUAGAUGAUUAUGAGUGUACUGUAAAUACAUGACAAUGUUACCUGAAUGCAUGACAGUAAGAGAUUCUUACGUGCACGUAACAGCCUGUAAGGAAAAAAUGCCAAGACCAUUAAAUAUCGUCUUUCCAAGUUACUGCUACAUUCUUGAAGCACAACCUCCUGUGGAUUGUUGCUGAUGACACAGCACAGCAAGAUAGUUGGAGGUUCACACAUCUACUAUGCACUAGUUACCAUCUGAAAACACACUGCGUUCCUCUAGAAAUAAGAAAACUAUCUACUCAGCAGCCAUAGGGACAAUCUUAAAGCAGAAGAGAUGGUCACCUGCUCUGGCUUGAACAGCAAAACAGGCUGAAAACCUGUAAGCUUGAAAUAAUAAAAGUUAUAUAAUUCUGUGAAUGACUUCUAGGUAUUUCCUAUAGAAGAGCAAUUAAAAUGGCAAGUCAGUGACCAGAGGGAUGGAUACAUAAGGUUCCUUGAUUCAGUGGGGGGAAAACAAUUCCAGACUUCUGCAGGGCUGUUCUGCCACACCUGCCCCCAUGCCUUGCGUCUCUGGACACCUGAAGUCAAGUCUCAAACGUGUAACAAAACCACCACCUCUGAACUACUGCUACUGUUGAUGAAUUAAUAAUACUAAGUAUAUUAAAAGACAGCUGUUCGUAAGGGUAUAAUGUUAUUGCUGCAGAGAGAGAGCAGGCAUCUGAGACAAGCUGCAAAUUGUUUUGGUGGUGGACAGGCAGGUGCUGCUUCCUGCUGCAGUGCCUCUUGCCAUUUAGCGAGGAUGUUCUCUCUUUCUCUGUGAAUCAGAAGCACUCCUGGUUAUUUAAGAUGCAUUAAAAACCUGGGUUUCCCUGGAGGCGAAUGUUCUUCCAGGUUGGAAUGGGAGUCCUUCGAGUUCUGCUAUGUCUGAACAAAACAACUUCAUGCAAGAAAAUCUGCAGGAUUUACAAUUUUUUCACAGUAGAUAAAGCUGCACUGCAAAAAUUUAAUUAGAAGAAUUCUGCACCUUGAACAAGCUUAAUCCUUACACUGCUGUAUAGGUACAUACAGAAAGUGGAAUUAAGUGACUAUAGCCACAGUAACAAAUUACUCUUGGAUACAUCAGAGUUAUAAGACAGCUUUAGAGGAAAGUAACUUUAAAUUACAUUGUUAUCAUCUGUGUAUCAUCUGCACUUGUGUGCAGGUAAAGUGAGGGUGAAACAUACACAUCAAUAAUCAAAUACAUAUCAAGAUAUGUUAAACAGGGAUACCAAAUGAAAAAAGUUGAAGCCCCUUAGAGGAAAUAAUUUCACCAAUCAGAAGAAAAAUAAUUCCUAAAUUGUUUUAAUAAACUAUGAUAAGAAAGGGACAGAACAGAUCAGUGUAAGCUUUUUGCCUCUUCCCCUCACACAAUGGGAUCUAGCCAGUGGCUGUAUUUGUCCAUCUUAAUACAGAAGCAUUUUAAUUAUGCCACACAGACUGACGGAUGUGCUGGAAUAUGGAAACAGCAACUGAUAUGCAGCAGCAUGUCUAUGAAAAAUCCAAAACUGCCAUUUAUUUUUGGAACUCUUGCCUGUCAUUUUAAGCUUAAAUCACAGAGUGACUGGCAUGUAAAUAAUUUAAGCUGCAUGAUUUCUAAAGCACAGUUGAAACCUAGACAAAAAUAAACCAACUAAAUUCAAGAGGUUAUAGCAGAAAAUACUUUAAUUUGUAUCUCAUAGAUUCAAAUGUAGCAAAGAAGUGUUCAGAUCUCAGUAAGCAGUUGUAACAUUGAUUUCAAUAAAUAUUACAUUUUAAUAGGCAAGAUAAAUGGAGAGAUUGUGAAGUGAUGACUUGCUGAUUGCUAAUUUAUAAACAUAAGCAUCUAGAUUAUUUACAACAUAAUACAGAUCAUUUCCCAGAAAAGCACAGAGCAAGGUCAGAUAAAGUCCAAUCAUCAAAACACAACUCAAAGUGUGGCACAGUAUUUCAUGCAUAUACAAUGACAUAACAAAUCACCAGCUGAAGUAGGAGAACAUUAUUCCAGCUUAAAUCUGUAUAUUUUACUUUUCAAACUCUGUAUUCUCACCUUCUUCCUCUGGCACUUAGGAGCAAGUUUGUUCAGCGACAAACAUGUUAGCUAUGCUGUUUGCAUCAAGUCUUUUAACAUUUCGCUUAAGUCUUCAUGACUUGGUUUUCUUGCUACCUACAUGAUUACAAUCAUUUUGUCAUUUGUACAGGGAAAUGUAAUUUUAAUCUGAAAUGAAUGGCAGACAACAUUGACAAGCUGAUCUCCAAUAAGGAGCUAGAAUUUAAAAUAGUUCACAGCUCGUGGACAGUGUAUCUAACCUUGGUUUUUUGUAUAAAAACAGAUCUGUAAAUUUCUAAAAUUUAAGUUCAUGUAUAAAGAACUUUGUCAUCCAACUCACAGAGCAAAACCUCAUAGGCAGCAUAGUCAAAGACUUGACAUCAAAUACGGUAAAAAAUAGAUGACAGGAAAAUGGUUUCAGCUGCAUUAAACCUUAAAAUGCAACCGAAUCUCCCUAUACAUAGAAUUACCUUGUUCAGCUGCACUCAUGUUCUCAUGACACAAAAGAAAAAGACAUCUUUAUGUCCUUACCCUAAGGACCCUGCCUGGAUUGUACCAACAGCUCAAUCCUUACACUGCGGUAUACGUACAUACAGAAAAUGGAAUUAUAGGUGACUAUAACCACAGUAACAAAUUACUCUGGGAUACAUCAGAGUUAUAAGACAGAUCUCUCACCUGUCCCAUAAGGAAUUACAUGAUGCCAGACUGGUGCUGCUUCAGUGUCCACUGAUUUUGGCCAGGCACAGAUGGAAGAACAAAAACAAGAAGUUGAAUCCCUAGAAGGUUGGAAGCAAUUCGCUUUCCCCAAAAAGCAAAGUAGGGGAAAAAAAGGAAGAAACAAUUUUGGGGCAACACAGACAACAAUUUGUUUUUCCAUCAGAUAAUCCCACCUAAAGUUCUUUAGACACUGCAAUAUAUAACAGCAGUUUAAUCUUAGCUAUACAAGAUUUUUCACUUGAGUGAACCUGCAGGUUUUCAGCCCUUGCUGGUCAAUCCAAAAGGGGAGGAAUUAACGACCAACUGAAGAAAAACCAACAUACACAAUAAAAAGACUUGAAUACUCAGCAUAUAACUUACUUGAUCAAACACAGCUAUACACAUUUGAGAUGGUUAUCCGUAUUUUUAAGUUAAUGGAGAAAGCAAACUCUGAGGUGCAAGUUAUUGAAUCCCAGAGUAUGUCAAACCAACCUUGGAAAAGGCCAGGUGAGUCCACCUUAACAUCACCUGCUCUCCUCCACUAACCAGAAAGGGAGCCUGUGGUGACUUGCUCAGACAGGUGCUCACAAGCAAAAGAGGCUGUUGAGUUAGCAUUAGCAUUCUCUAACACCACAUUAAUUUAUUUACUGGCUUAAACAGGAAAUAAGGACUGGAAACCAAUUGUCAAUUUGUGCAACUAUUACCAAUUUUUUUAUUUUUUAAAUUAUUUCACUUAGCUUACCCCAGUUUGACUCAAAAGGGUUUUGUUUCUCAGUAAGCAAUACCUCCCUAACAAGGAAUGUCAACAGAUUUCCAACAUUUCCAGAUGACACAAGUUAGAGUUUAGUCUGGAAACAAAGACAGAGCAUAUUCCAGCUUUCAGGAAUAUUUCUUCUGUAAAGGAUUAUGUUACAGAAGCCAGUAUCACUGCAUUAAGUAAUAUCAACAGGUCACUACGUAUCCAGUAGGGUCAAAAAUGUUUAAGAGCACUUUGUUUCAA